ACAAUUUAUAAAAACACUAAUGUCGAAACGUAAUCGUGAUAAUAAUGUUUCGGAUAAAAGUUACAAAAAACAUAAAGUAAAGUCGUAUAGAAGAAAACAAAACAAAAAAAAUGCACUUAUUUUGGUACCCAACAUAUCUGGAAUAUUUGUUAGCUGUAAUCAAAAAAAAGAAUCUUUGUGUGUUAGCGAAUGCUAUGAUUUGUUUAAUGAGUAUGCUGAUAAGAUUUAUACUGCUAAUGAAGGAUCGGAUAAUGAAGGAUCGGAUAAUGAAGGAUCGGAUAAUGAUGUGGAAAGCUCAAUUGCUAAAGAAAUUGCUCAAAUGAAAGAAUCUCAUAAAUCACGUCGUUUUAUGUCAAUUCCAACUGGAACCGAUUGUGUUGUAUUCAUUAAAACAAACCCACCCGUAAAUCCUAUUGAACUCGUUCAUUCUAUUUUGAUUGAUUUGUAUAAUACAGGAAAAAAGAAGACUAGAUUUUCCAUGAGAAUGAUUCCUAUUACGAAAACCUGUUAUGCUAACAUGAAUGAUAUCAAGAAGAUGGCGGAAGAAAUAUUGAAGCCACGAUUUCAUUCAUUAAAAGAUAAUCAACAAAUUCAAUAUGCUAUUGUCCCAAAUUUCAGAAACAAUAAUGUUAUAGAUCGUAUGGAACUAAUUAAUGCCAUUGCAGAAUUGGUUGGUAAUCAGCAUAAAGUGAAUCUUGAUGACCCGAAAUUAGUAAUAAUUGUGGAUGUGUUCAUGAAUAUUUGUGGGAUGAGUAUUCUUGAGGAUUAUAAGAAGUUAAAAAAAUAUAAUAUAGAAAAAAUUUUUGAAGAGUUGAAUAAGAAGGAAAGUGAAGAAACAGUUCUAAUUCGUACUUGAUAUUGAUGCUUUCAUUACAAGAUAGUUAUUAAAUCAUUUUUUAUAGUACUUUUUUAGUAAUUGUGUUUAAUAACAAACUUUACUUAUUUCAUUCAAAUCUUUACAUUAAAUUGUAUAUCAAUCAUUAAUUCAAUUUUA